AUGGAUAGGAGUGAGAUGGGGAAAGGCGGGGAUAGUUUCAUCGAUCGGAGUAAAGUUAGGAUCUUGCUGUGUGAUAAUGAUGAAAAAAGUUCUGAGGAAGUCUUCACACUUUUGUGUAAAUGUUCUUAUCAAGUAACAUCCGUGAAGUCUCCAAGGCAAGUGAUUGAUGCACUGAAUGCCGAGGGGCCAGAUAUAGAUAUCAUUCUCUCUGAAGUUGACCUGCCAAUGUCUAAAGGAAUGAAGAUGUUAAAAUAUAUCAUGAGGGACAAAGAGUUGCGUCGAAUUCCUGUGAUCAUGAUGUCCGCUCAAGAUGAGGUUCCUAUUGUUGUCAAAUGUCUGAAACUUGGGGCAGCUGACUAUCUUGUGAAGCCAUUACGUACAAAUGAGCUCUUGAAUCUGUGGACACACAUGUGGAGAAGGAGGCGAAUGCUUGGAUUAGCAGAGAAGAACAUCAUAAAUUAUGAUCUUGAUCUGGUUGUCUCGGAUCCUAGCGAUGCUAAUACCAACAGCACAACUUUGUUUUCGGAUGACACAGAUGACAAGUCGCGAAAAGGCGUUAACCCGGACACAUGUGUUUCAACUCAUCAGGAGAAUGAGGCCCAUGCAACCUCAAAUGGUGCUCCAAUACAGACUACUUGUGGGGCCCCUUCAGAUUAUCAGCCUGAUGUGCCGGAAUUGAUCGACAGGCAGCGAGGACAAAGUUCACCACUCCCAAAGAAAAAGGAACUCAGGAUAGGCGAAUCAUCCGCUUUCUUCACAUACGUAAAAUCAUCCACACCUAAAAGCAGCAGCAGCUACGACCCUUCCUCUUUGCACGAAAACUUACCAAACCAAAGACAAGAAGAAAACAACAGAGUCCCCACGGAAAAUCAUUACCACAUCAACUCCAACUCGUUUUCCCUCGAAAAAACAUCCUUUACUACUCCCUCUCCACUAUCCACAGACGAAUUCGCACAACAACCACCUCAUUUCAUCUUAAGGAACGACUCGCUGCCAAACGAUCAUAUCUCUAAUCAUCAUCAUUACCCGCAUCCCGCCCCGUACCCUUACUACGUGCCCCCCGCCAUGAUGGGCCAGGUGGCAGCAGCAGCAAUGCAGCCCCCCGGUGGGUCCCACAAGAUGAUAGAUCAUGCCGCGAGUUCCCCGUUGAUGCCGCCCCCCCAGUACAAUCACAUCAUGCCACCACCCUACCCUUAUUACCCGUUUGGCUUAUGCUUGCAGCCGGGCCAGAUUCAAUCGGGCCCGAUUCCAGGCCAGAUUCCGGGCCCACCUCAUCAUCAUCCUCACCAUCAAUGGCCGUCAUUUGGGAGCCCAUCUGUUGAGGGAACUGAGAAGCCACCAGCAAAGAUCGACCGUCGGGAGGCAGCUUUGAUGAAGUUCAGACAGAAAAGGAAAGAAAGGUGUUUUGAUAAAAAGAUUCGAUACGUGAAUCGAAAGAAGCUUGCCGAGCGUAGGCCCCGACUAAGGGGCCAGUUCGUGAGGAAGGUGAAUGGGGUGAUGAGUGUGGAUCUUAAUGGGCAGCCGGGCUAUACUGAGGAUGACGAGGAGGAAGAGGAAGAUUAUGAUGAGGAUGACCAUUCUAAUGUGGUUUUCUUACCCGAGGAUGAAUAG